AUGGAGUACGGUGCAACCGGCGCAGCACAGUCCACUGUUGGCCGGGGAGAGGACCCGCAAGGGGAUCCUUCCACACAUUCUCAGUUUUUUAGUGCCAGGAGCCUCAUGGCAUCUGAGCCGGCGCAUAUCUGGGCCAGUCUGACUCCACAGAGGUGCAGGCGUGCCUCAACACAAAUUGAGGAUGAUCUGUGUGGAGCCUCCACCUGUGACACUCUUGGCAUGGCAGAUGUUGGCACCAUGUGUGACCCCAAGAGAAGCUGCUCUGUGAUUGAAGAUGAUGGCCUGCCUUCAGCCUUCACCACUGCCCAUGAACUUGGACACAUUUUUAGCAUGCCACAUGACAAUGUAAAGGAUUGUGAGGAUGUAUUUGGGAUACUGCAGGACAACCACAUGAUGUCUCCCACACUUGUUCAAAUCAACCGCACCAGCCCCUGGUCUCCCUGCAGUGCUGCGAUCAUCACUCAAUUUCUGGACAGUGGGCACGGGAAAUGUUUGCUUGACCAGCCUCAGAACCCGUUCACCCUCCCUGACUUGCUGCCGGGAGCAAUCUACACCCUGGAACGUCAGUGUGAACUUGCAUUUGGAGAGGGCUCCAAGCCUUGUCCUUUCAUGCAACCACCAUGCGGACGUCUGUGGUGCACAGGAAAGUCUAAUGGCCAUUUGGUGUGCAUGACUCGACACUUCCCCUGGGCAGAUGGCACUAGCUGUGGGGCUGGAAAAGUGUGCGGCAAAGGUGUCUGCUCUGACAAAUGGGUCCAAAAUGUGAAGGUGGAUGGCCGCUGGGGUAAGUGGGGCACAUUUGGUUUCUGCUCACGCACAUGUGGAGGUGGUGUCCAGUUGUCUAAAAGAGAGUGUAACAACCCAGCUCCGUUAAAUGGUGGUAAAUACUGCCAAGGGGUUCGGGUCAAAUACCGCUCCUGCAACUUGAACCACUGUCCUGACACAGGUGUAACUUACCGUGAAGAGCAGUGUGAGAGCAGUGGCCGGAUAUUCAACAGUAACCACAUAGCUCCCUCUGUUGUUUGGAUACCAAAGUAUUCUGGAGUGUCACCUGAUGACAGAUGUAAACUCAUUUGCAGAGCUAAUGCCACUGGCUACUUCUAUGUUUUGGCACCCAAGGUAGUAGAUGGGACCCCAUGCUCCCCAGACUCCACAGGAGUGUGUGUCCAAGGAAAGUGCAUCAAGGCUGGCUGUGAUGGAAAAAUUGGCUCCAACAAGAAGUAUGAUAAGUGUGCAAUAUGUGGCGGUGAUAACAAGGGCUGCAAGAAGGUGUCAGGACUCUUCACAAAGCCUGUGCAUGGCUACAACUUUGUGGUUAUGUUGCCAGUGGGUGCAGCCAACAUAGACAUCCGUCAGCGAGGCUACAAGGGAAUGAUGAGUGACGACAACUAUUUAGCCAUAAAGAACAGCCAGGGCUAUUACCUUCUCAAUGGGAACUACAUUGUAUCUGCUGGAGAAAGGGACAUCAUGGUAAAAAAUAGCCUGCUGCGCUACAGUGGCACUGCUGGCCCCUCUGAGACCCUGCAGGCUGUGAAGCCUUUAGGAGAAACUCUGAUUGUGGAAGUAUUGUGUGCAGGCAAGAGGACACCUCCUAGAAUCCGUUACUCCUUCUACCUUGCUCGUCAGACAAAGGAGGACAAGACUCUGAGGAAGGAGGGGCAUAUAAACUUCCAUAACAGUGUCCUGGCUAUGGAUAAAGCCACCGAAAAGGGAGGAGACACUCUGAAGGAGUCUUACGACAAGGAUACAGCUUUUGGGAAAUGGAUAUCGACAGGCUGGGAUGAGUGCUCAGUGACCUGUGGUAGUGGUAUCCAGAGCCGCAUGGUGGAGUGUCAGAGACAGGAUGACAAUCCAGGGUUGGACUGCGACUCUUCACUAAGACCCUCAUCCUCCAGGGUUUGUGGAGACCCAUGUCCUGAGUGGCAUAUCGGGCUGUGGUCACCUUGCUCCAGAACCUGUGGGAAGGGCUUCAAGAGACGACCAUUGCAAUGCAAAACCCAAUCAGGACAUCUCCUCCCACGGGACCACUGCUCUGGCUUACACAAACCACAGGAGCUGGACUUCUGUAAGAAAAGGCUUUGCUAGUGACUAAAACCAUUGAACUACAAAUGCUGGUCCCAAAUUGCCCAGCUGCAAGUAUUAUGAACACCAUCUUUUCUUGAGACUGUUUCAGUUGAGACUGUUGACCUCAUGACUCAGGAAACUUGCUUCUCAGUUGUCACGCUUCAUUUAAAGGACUGUUAGAAUGACCUAGGUGUAAUUCUAAUUCAAAAUGAUUCAGUAAAAUCCAUUUUGCUGUCAGAUAAGUUUAUUUGUCCCACAGUGGGGAUAUUUACAUUGUCACAGCAGCAAUACAGU